CCCUCCUCUCCUCUUUAUAUCCUUAUUGACGGGCCUCAUCAUUCCACUCAUCUUAAUUCUCUCUCACUCUCUCUAAGCAUGAAAUCCAUAGAAGUAUUCUGCGCCUCCCCAGCUUCAACAGCGAUAUGCUCGAGCACGGACCACCGCACCAUAAUCCGGCACGGAAUGAGAUCUGUCCACCGCCUCGGAGAAACUCCGCGAAGCAGACGAUCAAACGCCGCUCCCUGCUCCUCCCAUCUCCCCUUCGAACCUUCCACUAAGUCCGCCAAAGACGGCGAUGUUUUGAGGCGAAAGAGCUCAGCCGACGUCUACGAUUUAGCCUCCCGCCGCCAUCUCAGCAACAAGCCUUUCCUCGAUUUCAUCUCCGACUCUCAAACCGCCAUCGUUCCUAGCCAGCCCCUCGUCAGAGAUAGCAACGAUAAGCGCUUGAAUCUGGAGUCCUUUCGGUCUCUCUCCGCCCGCCCUCACGAAUCUCCCGUGUUUAGGCCUUCCUCCACGGAUUCCGCCGCCGCCGGGAAACUCAUCGAUCAUCUCAAUGCUCACAGAUCUUCCCUCACUCCAUCAAAUCGCCAUCAGGUUUCAUCUUAUCCUGCUUCGUUUAUGCAUUUAAUCAUUUCAAUUAAGGUUUCUGAUUAUGGUUUAAUUAAAUCACAGGUUGUUGAGUUGAGGGUAUCGAUCCACUGCAAGGGCUGUGAAGGAAAACUCAGAAAACAUAUCUCCAGAAUGGAAGGAGUGACAUCAUUUAGCAUAGAUUUGGAGACGAAAAAAGUGACGGUAAUUGGGAGGGUCACGCCUCUAGGUGUGCUGAGUAGCAUUUCAAAGGUGAAGAAUGCCCAAUUUUGGCCAUCUCCGGCCUCGUCGUCAUCAUCGUCUUCGCCGUCACCGUCACCGAGAGUUACUACUCUCAUGUCUCCAAGAGUCAGUGUCACAAGAUAGACUGAUAGUACUACUUAUUAAUUUAAAUCUGUGUUAGGGUUUAUGUUCUGGACUAUCAUAUUUUAUUUCACUAAAAUAUGUUAAAUUUGGGUUGUAGUAUGUUGUGAGUGACUGUGUGUAUAAAAAAAAGCUUAAUAAUUGUGAUUGCCAAUUAAUUUGCAUUUCAA